AUGCCGUCCCUGAUUACUGCAGGUCUCCACUGUCUGUUCCUACUGGUCACAGUGUGUAGCCGAACAUCUCAGGACUCAAACUUCAGUCCAUUCAUCCAUUAUAUAAUUGACAGUGAGCUAGGAGAGGAAAUCUUCCAGACAGAGAUGCAAAGGCAGAAGCGAAACAUGCUGACUUUUGACCUUCCUGCUCUGGAGUACACCGUUGACAUUGAAAUAAGCCUUACAGAUUCUGCUUUUCUGGAGCCAAUCAAAGAGUAUUACAAAAAGCUUCAUCUUCCAGUGUCAACAAAUAUUUCAAAAGUAGAAAUGACGAUUUCAAACAUCAACAUUACAACAGUCUGUCUGCCUGGUGGUGAGAACAAAAGCUGUUGUUCUUGUGAAAGUGGAUAUGCCUGGCCAAGUACAGAAUGCAGUUACUUGAUAACCUGCCCUUCUGUCAGCCUGGCAGCUGACCUGCCCUGUGGCUACGUGAAGGAAAUGCCUUUCUACGGACCUUACUGUGAGCCUCAGACUGAAGAGUCAUGUGGUAUGGGAGAGCCCACCGUCAUGAAUAUGUCAGUCAGACUUGACAAAGACUUUCAGGAUGAUCUCAAGAAUUCCUCUUCUGAAUUAUACAAAAGAUACAAGGCUGACCUUGAAAAAGCGUUCAGUGCUAGCUACAGAUGUUUACCAGGCUUUGUAUCGGCAACAGUAACUGGUUUCAGGCCUGGAAGUAUUUAUGUGAACUAUGAAGUAAAAGCAGGAGCAGCAAGCGUCAAUCAAAUAGCAAGUUCCAACAGAUUGGUACCACAAUUUCUAAAUGCAUCGUACUGGCUAAUCCGAGAUACCUUCACAGAAACAAAAACUAAUCAGACAAACUUCGUCGUGAGUCCUGCAGACAUUUCUGAAGGGGAUACAAUAAGACUGACUUGUGAUGUAAAUUCAACAUCUGAGAAAGUGAUCUGGUAUCACUUUGAUCGGAUCAUCCUAAACAACUCCCAGUAUUUGAUACAGAGAAAAGCUUCAAGAAGGGCCUCAGAGUCGAUUCUCCAAAUGAACAACAUUACAAUGAAGCAUUCUGGUCCCUAUACGUGCACGUUCAGAAACAGGCACAACUCACUGACACGGAUAUACAAGGCCACAAAAACUGUAAAAGUCUCUCCGCUAUACAUCACUCCAAACGUAAAGGACAUCAAUGUGACAUGCAACAGUCCUGAAAUGCAGACAAACAGUCCUGUGCUGUCCUGUUGUAUUAACAGACUCUUACCAUCACUUACUGUUGACUGGAAAGUAAAUGGAGCAAUCAAUAUUACAGGAGUCUCCAGUUUCAGUAAAUACUGCACUGAAUACAAGCUCAACAUCAGUGAAUCACUAUGCCCACCUGAGAAGUCGGGUACGGUGACGACAUAUACAUGUGAGCUGCAGACUGGAUAUGGGGCCAAGCGCAGUCAAAAUAUCAGAGUGACGUACCUCCGGACAGCCCGUGUAACAAUAUCUUCAAGCAUAAACUCAUCGAUUUCCGAGGGACAUGCAUUCAAUAUAACGUGUGAAAGUGAUGUGAGCAAUUAUGACAGUAUCAGCUGGAAAAUACAGUCUGGAAAUAACACAAAAACAGUAAACUGUGAUACGUGCAUCGAAAAUAGCAAGUUCCCAGCCACAUCUGUGCUUACAGUGAAGACUGCCACAAAGGACUGGAGCGGCAUCUACAUCUGCACCUUCUCCCAGAAGUACUUGGAGAGUUCUGCCAAUGUUACAGUCGAGGUUGUUGCCCUGCCUCUGAAGCAGAACAUCUUGAUCGAUCCCAUUGCAGCAUCUGUGCAGUACGAAGUGCCACAAACCCUUGCGUGCUGCAUAAGUGCCAACACUGUGGAAGAUUAUGCUGUUACAUUCGUAGUCCAACAAAAUCAAUUUCAAGCUGAGAGAAAGAGAAAGGGGAAUUUGUACUGCUACACGUACAAUUACACAGAAACAGAAUGCUGCGAAAAUAAAGAGCGCACAGCGUAUUGCAAGUUUACUAACCGCAUUGGACAGGAAGUGAACAGUGAAAUUAUAAGACUGCACCUGAUAACUGAUAAGGAAGUUUCCUGCUCAGAUAACUUUGGCAUUGGAAAAGAAGAGAACAAAUUAAUAAAGCCGUGCCUUCAGUUAAAUACUCCAAAUGGUUUUACUCGAGGCAAUAAAAUUUACAGGUGCUCUGGCAACUCAUGGAAGGUUGAAAGGAACAACUGCCUGUCUGUGUCAAUAAACAACCUGCUGACUAGUGCUGAGACCUUGGUCAACAGUCCUGAGGCAAAAGCAAACCUACCUAACUACCUUGCAGAGCUUAAGGAACAAACGGGAAAGGAACAAAACACAAUAAACAGUUCCCCUGCAAACCUAGGUGCCAUUGUUACCAUCCUGGAUAUAGUCUCCUCUAUCCCAGCAGAUGCAAAGGAACUCACUAUUCAA